CCGGUUCCUGUACGAACACGCUCGGGUCACCUCAUCCGGAGCCAGCGUGCACGCAGUUCUUCCACACAUCUUAACCGGCAAAGCGCGGCGUUCUCCCCCCAAAAAACAAAAUUGAAUCGUGACACACACUGAAACAGGUAUACUAACAGAGGGGCGCGGUGUUGCCAUAGCAACUGUAAACCGCGGUGGGGCAGAACUUGCGUUCCUCGGGUGAAACUCAACAACAAAGUCAUGACAUCUUUGGAGCUCGGCAGGGGGGACAAUUCCUGGACCUGUCUAAGGGCCAGAAGCUAGUUGCGAUGGUCCAACAAUGCGAAAGUCAAGUUGAAAUCAAAACCCUGCAAACCACUUCACCUCGAUUUCGGCACAGUAUCCACCUGCCCGCUCGCAACCCAGAGAAACUAAAGAAAGCCAAGGCCAUUGUGGAGAAAACUGUCAAGUUGCACAAGGUGUUCUCUGUUCAGGGCCCUUACCCGGUCAUUAGGGCCUCACUAAGAGCCAGAGGCUGGGUGGAGAAGCAGAUGUGUCAUGCUGGCCUCCAAAUCUACACUCGGACUGCCAAAGAGACCUGUUGUAAUGAUGCCGGUGAUAGUGAUGGUGAAGCUGAUGAUGUCAAACAAGAGCAGGAUCUGGAUGGACUGUAUGGUCUUAUAUCUCGCCUGGUGCGGAAUGAAAUGGUUUAUUUCUACUGGACAAACAGAAGAGAUGCCAUCAAUACCAGCAUUCUGCAGAAAGAACAGAUGAUCAAUCAUUUUGGCAAAGGAGGCAGCUUCACCACCAAGGUGGGCUUGUGUGUGAACCUGAGGAGCCUGCACUGGUUUGACUCAGCAGACCCAGACACGUUCUUUCCUCGCUGUUACAGGCUAGGAGCGCAGGAUGAGAAGCAUGCUUUCAUUGAGGACUACAGGAGGACAGCCUGCACCAGUUUUUUAAAGUACAUUGUAGAGAGUGCACAGAAUGUUCAGGAAGAGAAGAAAAAUGAGCACAUUCAAGAACCGUCUGAAUCUGUGAUUGUUUCCAAAAUGGUCGGCACAGCUCUCAACGUGUGUCAGGAUUUUCUUGAGAGUUUGGAGCACACUGACAUUGACACUAAUUUGGAGAAAACUUCAUCCCUUUUCAAGGAGGAGUGGGGUGAAUUUAUUGAUAGCUACUACUUGUUUGUUCAUGGCAGGGCACAAAUCAAGACCAGUUCUCAUUUAGUAACCUGCUGCAAGGCCAUGCUGCAGAGGCUGGCUGAGGUCAGUCCACAGCUGGACACAGAUGGCAUACACAACAUAUGGAUUGUCAAGCCUGGAGCCAAGUCCAGAGGUAGAGGUAUCAAAUGUGCCAAGCGUUUAGAUCACAUCCUCAGCCUGGUGGACAAUGAUCCAGCUCUGAUCAAGGAAAGCAAGUGGGUUGUGCAGAAGUACUUGGAGCGGCCCUUCUUGGUGGAGGGCACCAAGUUUGAUGUGCGCCAGUGGUUUUUGGUCACAGACUGGAACCCUCUCACCGUGUGGUUUUAUAAGAAGUGCUAUUUGCGCUUCUCUACACAGCCUUACUCAUUAGACACACUGGACAACUCUGUGCAUUUGUGCAAUAAUUCCAUCCAGAAGCAUCUAAGACCUUCUCAUCAACGCCAUCAAACCAUCCCAAAAGACAACAUGUGGUCAAACGACCAGUUCAUGGACUUUCUGUCAAGCCAGGGCUACAAAGCUCAGUGGGAAAAUGUAGUUGUGCCGGGGAUGAAAAAGGCUGUGAUCCAUUCAUUACAGACUGCACAAGAUCUUGUGGAUUCUAGGAAAAACACCUUUGAGCUUUAUGGGGCUGACUUCAUGUUAGGCUGUGACUUACAUCCAUGGCUGAUUGAAAUCAAUGCCAGUCCCACUAUGGCCCCCUCUACGCCAGUCACAGCCCAUCUUUGUGCAGCUGUGCAGGAGGACACGCUGCGUGUCGUCCUAGACCGUAGAACAGACCAAUCAGCCAACACUGGAGAUUUUGAGCUUAUAUAUCACCAGGCAGCAGUACAUGUACCUCAGUACAUAGGAGUCAAUUUAUUUAUUGAGGGCUUCAGGCUCAAAGGCACCUGUCUGCUUCCUUCUCUGAGGCCUUUGAACCACUCAGCCCCAAAGCAUCUUUGUACCAAAAAGGAGAUGACGACAAAAAAAGUCACAUCUUUGCCGGAAGUGGUCAAGACCGCCAAAACACCAGUCAAAAACAUCUCAAACAGAGUUCUUCCACCUCCUGUUCCUCAGCCACCAGCACCCAUCCAUAUUGGAAAGUUCACACUUGGCCUGCAAAAGACAGCACACAGAUCUGUCCGCCGACCACUUGAUGCUUGCUCACGUUCUGUCUUUUUGUGGCGAAAAGGCUUGUAGGUUAUUCUCAGUAAAAUACAAUUGAAUGGCAUAGAAGAAGAACAAAAAAUCUCUGAGAGGUUCUUUUCUAAAACAACUAAGGAAUGUAUUGAAGCUCUUUUGGUUGAUCGUUAAUAUCUGCUAUCAAUAUUGUAGUCUAAAAUGUACAGUAGAAUGUACGCUAAUAUAAUUAUUGUUGUGGAGACUUUUUUUUUUUACCAAAAUC